GACCAUCACCAUCGCCAGCAUGGCCACCAUUCAGCUAACUGCAUCUCUCCCGCCUCUCCCUUCGGACUGGUCAGCGGAAAAAGAUUUCAAGCCCAUUUCCUCCCUCUCUGCCCCAACCAACCGCACCAUCGAACCCCUCGGCCCACACUUCCUCGCUCAUGCCCGCCGCAAGCGCCACCACCGCACCUUCAGCGAGGACGAGCGUAUCCAAGCCGCAGUCACCGCCAAGAAGACCGAAGAUGAAGACCCGGGCGAGAUCUCCGAGCCUGAGGACCCCAUGCUGCUGCAGCGGGAAGCCAAGGACUGGAAGACGCAAGACCACUACGCUAUCAUGGGUCUGAGCAAGUAUAGGUGGAGAGCGACCGAGGAUCAAAUCAAGAAGGCGCACAGGAAGAAGGUGCUACGGCAUCAUCCGGACAAGAAGGCCGCGAGCGGAAAGGAGGAGGGCGAUCAGUUCUUCAAAUGCAUUCAGCGGGCGACGGAGAUACUGAUGGACCCUGUGAAGCGCAGGCAGUUCGACAGUGUAGACGAGGCUGCCGAGGUCGAGCCGCCGAACAAGAAAGAUGUGCAGAAGAAAGCCAGUAACUUCUACAAGCUCUGGGGUGCCGUCAUCGAGGCCGAAUCAAGGUUCAGCAAGAAGCAACCCGUGCCUCAACUUGGUACUGAGAAGUCCACUCGCGAAGAAGUGGAAGGCUUCUACAACUUCUGGUAUAACUUCGAUUCGUGGCGGACGUUUGAGUACCUCGACGAAGACGUGCCUGAUGACUCUGCCUCCCGUGAUCAGAUUCGGCAUAUGGAGAAGAAGAACAACAAUGCCCGCAAGAAGCGCAAGGUGGAGGAUACGGCGCGGUUGAGGAAGUUGAUCGAUGAUGUGAUGGCGCAGGACGAGCGGAUCAAGAAGUUCAGGCAGGAGUCUUCGAAGCAGAAGAAUGCGAAGAAAUUUGAGAGGGAGGCAGCGGAGAAGGCGGCGAAGGAAGAGGCGCAGCGGAAGAAGGAAGAAGAGGAGCGGGCGGCGAAGGAGAAGGAGGCCAAUGAGAAGGCGGCCAAGGAGGAAGGCAAGAAGGCUAAGGAGGCCGCGAAGAAUGCGGCGAAGAAGAACAAGCGCGUCAUUCGUGGUGCGGUGAAGGAUGGGAAUUACUUUGCUGAUGGCGAGGCAAGUCCGCAACAAAUUGAUGGCGCGCUUAACGAUGUGGAUGCGUUGAUCUUGAAGUUGGAUAAUGAGGAGAUUGCGGCGCUGACGGCGACAUUGCAAGGGAAGACGGGUAAUGCGGAGAUUAAGGCUGUGUUUGUCGAGGAGGUCAAGAGGAUGGUGGAGGGCGGUAAGUUGGCGGAAGGGGAGAUGAAGACAUUGGGUGCGUAGUGAGCGUUUGCCGGAGUGUGAUAGAUGGAUAGAGCUCAGGUAAAUUGCAGUGCCGAUAUUCAUUGCUGAC